AUGUCCACCGCCCCCGCCUCCCCGUCCUCUUCACCGGCGGCGGAGUACCACUGCCGCACCAAGCACAGCCUGACGGCCGGCUACGCGCGCGGCCCGGGCCGCCUCGACUGGGCCAACCAGCCCAACCCCUUCCUCCGCUUCGCCCCUUCCCCCGCCACCCCUCUCCCCAACCCGCCGCCCCCGGCGGCCGCCGUCCCCUACCCGGCCCUCUUCCACGCGCCGCCCCCGCCGCCGCGGCCGCUCUCGCACGACUCCCUCUCCGACCUCCUCUUCCACUCGCUCGCCCUCUCCGCCUGGAAGUCCGCCGGCGGGUCAACCUGGUCGCUCCGCGUCAACCCCAGCAGCGGCAACCUCCACCCCACCGAGGCCCACGUCCUGCUCGAGGACCCGCGGCAGCCCGGCCGCCUCGUCCUCUCCCACUACGCGCCCCGCGAUCACCUCCUCGAGGCCCGCGCCACCCUGCCCGCCGCCGACCGCUCGGCGCUCCUGCCGUCGCCGGCCACCGCCGUGCUCGCGCUCUCGUCCGUCUUCUGGCGGGAAGCCUGGAAGUACGGCGAGCGGGCUCUGCGGUACUGCAACCACGACGUGGGCCACGCGCUGGCCGCCGUCGCGUUGGCCGCGGCCGCUCUUGGGUGGGACGCGCGGUUGCUCGACGGCUUGUCCGAUCAGGACCUUGGGAGGCUGGUGGGGGUGGACAAAGGGUGCCCUGCCACUGCUCCUCCGGAGAAAAUCAAAAUGGUGAGUGGAAAGAAGGGGCCGGCGCCGUGGGUGGAGAGGCAGCACCCAGAUUGUGCUCUCCUGCUGUUCCCUGCUGGCUCAGAAGAGCCAGAGGUGGACUAUGGGAGGAUGAGUAAUGCUCUGAGGGAAUUCGAUGAGUUGGAGUGGGUGGGCAAGGCGAAUGCUCUCAGCAAGGAUCAUGUGGUGUGGGAUCUCAUUUACAAGACGGCCGAGGCAGUAAGGAAACACCAACCUAUGCCUGGGGAGCGCUUCUCGGUGAGCCCGUGGAACACGAGCGCCAAGUUGUCGGAAGGACUGUAUAAGGAUCUCACGGCGCAGGAGGUGGUGCGGCGGCGGAGGAGUGCGGUUGACAUGGAUGGGACACACGUCAUGGGGAAGGAAGAAUUCUAUCAGAUACUACUGCAUUGCUUGCCUUCAGGCGAGGUUGGCCCGGGGGAGCAACAGGGACCACAGAGCGCUCUACCAUUUCGCGUGUUGCCGUGGGACGCGGAGGUGCACGCCGCACUGUUUGUGCACCGUGUCUCAGGGCUGCCCAAGGGGCUGUAUUUCUUGGUUAGGAACGAGGAGCAUUUCGAUACAUUACGACAUGCUAUGAGACAGGACUUCGAGUGGGCUCGACCAGAGGGAUGCCCUGAGGGCCUCCCACUGUAUAGGCUGAUGAAAGGGGAUUGCCAGAGGUUAGCAAUGCAGAUAUCAUGUAUGCAGGAUAUUGCCUCACAUGGAUGUUUUAGCCUUGGGAUGAUUGCUCGAUUUGAACCUGUGCUGGAUGACAAAGGUGAAUGGAUGUAUCCUCGUUUAUUCUGGGAGACUGGUGUUCUUGGUCAAGUUCUCUACCUUGAGGCGCAUGCUGUAGGGAUAUCUGCCACGGGGAUUGGUUGCUACUUUGAUGAUGCUGUUCAUGAGGUGCUUGGUUUGAAAGACCUGGAGUUCCAAAGCUUGUACCAUUUUACGGUGGGCGCCCCUGUGGUUGACAACCGGAUCAUGAGUCUCCCUGCAUACCCAGGGCCAGGGAUUGAUGCAUGAUUCCUAUUUCCUGGGUCCAGCCUGGAGCGACUGACGAUAUAUGCCAACAUCUGAAUUCCUGACCUGGAUGAAACCAGGAGUACUGUACAGUUCGUGUUCUUGUAUGACAAAGCAACGGGGUGAAGGAACCUUAUGACGGCAACACAAGUCUAUUUGGAUAUUUGUGCAUGAUCAGAUCGUGGUAUGUUAUCUAUAGUCAUGCGAGAAUAUAUGAGAAACAAAAGGGGUGCUCGGAGAUAUAUAGAAGGCGUGCUUGGUUGGCAGCCGAUUUUUGGCUCGUAGGUAACAAGGGUGGGCUUCUCCUGGGACGGGCAACACGAUUUUGGCUCUGGAAACUCAAAGUAGAUGUGGAUAUUGAUGCACAGGGCAAAUCCAUAUUGAUAUCUAAAUUCAAGAUUUCAGGUCACCUGCUUGCCCAUUGGGAUGAUAUUCAUAGAAGUGUAAUGUUUAUGACCUUUCUGAUGUAAGUCUUGUGUGAGAAUCCCAGUAGGGAAGGAAAGAAGGUUUAUUUCCGAAUUGUAAAGCCAGUGGUUGCAACAACUGUGCAAGAUGUCCAUCUUUGGAACAUGAUACUUGUGUUAAGCAAGUCUUUUCUCUA